AUGUCACAAUUUUCUUCGAGAGAUGAGUAUUACUCCAGUUCAGACUCUCUUCCCUCUUCUGAUUCAGAAGAAGAGUGUGGUGAGUCAAACGAAAUAACAAAUUGGCUAUCUAAAAAUCCCGAAGACGUCCUUGACUGUCCGCAUUACCUAUCGCGCCACAGAAAAUACGAAAAAUGGAUGCUGCCAGUAAUAAAUGCAAGGAGAGUUAUGACCAUUUUCGCGGAUACUUGCAAUUGGUCAAGCCUCCUAAAUUCAAUUCAGAAGUUUGAGUCUGCAUUGAAAACUAAAUCGAGGUCGAAUGACAAAUCUCUAGACAUAUUUACACCUGUGCUUGCGCGCUUCUUGAUUGAUCUUGAUGAGUUUAUAAAAAGGAUUCCUCGAGAUAAAAAGUACAAGAAAAAUUUAAACUCGACAGAAGCUAGAGCCUGUACUAUUGUUCAACAAAAGUCUGUGCAACUUCUUGAGACGUGGGAUUCGGUGAUUAGAAAGUAUUCUGACAGCCCUCCGUCCGUACGAAUAUUAUUUAAAGAAAAGGCAAUCAUAGAUGCCCUUGAAAUAUUCCUGAUGAUUCCACCCCACAACUUCCUGUCGCUAAGAAAUUUAAAUAUUGAAGCAUAUCCACAGUCCCUGAAAAAAAUUCACACGAUACUCGACUAUUAUUACUCGUUCUCAAAUAUCAAAGAUAUAACUACCAAAAUCGGAUUCGAUUCUCUGACGGCUCUGGAUUUGUCCAAAAAUCGAUUAAGAGAUCUCCCUCAUGAAAUUUUCUUUUUUAAAAAUUUGAAAAUUCUCGAUAUCUCCUAUAAUCUCUUUCAAUAUCUCCCUCCACUGAUUGCAAAAUUUGUGUCACGUUCAGUAAUCUUGCGUGUUGAACGUAAUCCUUUCCGGAAGUCCAACACUCAUAGAAUUCAAAAAUUAGUGGCAGAUGAAAGCACAAUAAACACAUCAAGGGAUUUGGUACCACGGUUGACAGAUAUCUGCGCACAGAAUAUCAUUCUCAACAAAAUUUUAAUUACUCGCAAAAGAAAAUUUCAGAAAUUCAUAGAAAAUGAUCAGAGUAAACGAAUUACGAAACAAAGAAAUAUAAGCCAAUCAAUUCCCGAUGUUCUUGUAGAUUUCGUCAAACAGGGAUAUUUGUUAUAUGGACUACGCAUGGAAUUAUGGCAAUUGUCGGGAAAUAAGAAAAUCGAUCCCGUUAAUAAGAAGGUUUUGUAA